UUAUCUACCGACUAACUCAACCAGUGGUACCAGCGGAUUUGUGUCGUAUGUUUGAGGUGACUUUAUUGAUAAGCUUGAGUGUAGAGGAGGUAACGAGUAGGAUCGAGAUGCUAUUAUUUGAAAUUGUUUAAAUAUUAGAAUAGUGAGAUAUUUUACCAUGAAGAGUACCAUGUACAGACGAUUGGUGUGAGAGUAUGGCUUGUGAGACACUGGAGAGGGUGGAAGGCCCAGAAUCUCUAAGGAAUGGAGUGGAUAGAGAUGUGUGGAGGAGAGAAGGUUUGUGGACGAACAAUUGGACAGACAUGGAGUUUAUUAGACAAGAUUCUGAAGGAGGAUGAGCGUGUUUGCUACCAAUCAUGCAUUUUUCAGGCAGAAAAGGGAAAAGAAUUGGUCACUGGGAUCAUGAGGGACAAUGUGACUCAAGUUUUGAAGUGUCUUAAGGUUUGGUAUGAUCUUCCAUUAAAGGUAUUUGUCACAACUGUUCAGAUGAUGGACCUGUUUCUUGAAAAAGUCAAGGCUCAACCUAAGCAUCUAUCAUGUAUUGCACUAAGCUGUUUGCACCUUUGUAUGGGAUGGAUGGAAGAAACUAGCAAGAUACCUCCUUCAGAAUUAAUCAGGAUCAGCCAGAUUACUUGUAGCACAAGAGACUUGCAGCGAAUGGAAGGAAUCAUUAUCCAGAAGCUGGACUGGGAACAGGAACCCCUGACAUCCCUUGACUUCCUGGAACUGUUCUAUGCACUAUACUGCUGUGCUAUUCAGAUAACCAGCAAGGGAGUUAGUACAUUUUCACUAAAAGAAUGUACUCAGAAACUUGAAGUAGUGGUCUGCAACCAUAAGAGUGUCUCUCUUAAGCGGAGUAUUGUAGCUCUAGCUGUACUAAGCAAUGAGAUAGAGAAUCAAGAAGACAACACUUGGAAUUGGAAAGCUUUUAUAGCUGACCUUCGAACAUACUGUAAGAUAAAAGAAAAAGAAAUGAAAGCUGUUAGUGCAACUGUAAAAAGAAUACUGUCUAUCUAUAAUCAACAACGCUGUCUGCCUGAUCCAUUAAGACAAAGACUUUCUUGGAAGUUGUCUAUACGUACUGUGAGACACCUGAGAUUACUUAAUCGGUGGCGUUUUAGCCAGCUGGCUCCUGUUUGUGAGCAUCAGUCCCUUUCAUCUGGAACUGACAUUUCAAGUUCCACUGAUACAGAGGAAAAUGUUGAAGCAGCAAUGCCAGGUGUUACAUCCCAAAAUGUGUGGCAAAGUUGUUCACUUCCAGGAAUUGAAAGCUGUUCUACAUCUUGUGUAGUUCCCAUUGCAAACCGGUUCCUUGUUCAUGCUGGAUAAAUGACUUACCACAAAUUGUUUUAAAAAUUUUAAGAUAAGUGGGAUUUUCUGUGUUUAUUUUUAAUUUGAGAGUAUGAGCUUGUUUUCACUUUGUUAAUUUGUAGUCUGCAGAUCAUCUGAUUAUAUCUGAUUGUGACUUUGGAAUUAUGUAGUUAUGUGAGGAAGAAAUCUAAAAUUCAAUUUAAAGUAAACAAUUUAAUAAUAUUUACACAACUUGUUACACCCACACAUGUGUUUGUGAGUGCAUGCGCAUAUAGUUUUGCAUAUAGUCAAGUCAUUUUCAUGGCUUAUAUUAAGAGAAUAUGUAGUCGUUUUUUAAUUCAUCCUCUAUGAAAAUCAAACCUAAGUUUUGUUUUUAUUCUACUUAAAUACUGUAUAAUAAGUGUAACAAUAUUGUAAAGUUUUCAUUCUAUCAAUAUUGUAUAGUUUUUGUUUCACUCUUUAGAAACACUUCCCUGUUUUAAGUAGUUCUCAUGACAAGUUGUUAUAAAAACAAAUCAAUUGCAGUCACCCCCCCAUAUUCCUUUGAAUUUGGUUUGUCAACUCAUUGUUGUAGUAAUAUUCAUUAGUGAAAUUUUUUAAGGAAGUCCUUUUCCAAAAACUUAAUUUAAUAACAACUAGUAUACAACAAGAAAGAAAGUUUCCUGGCAUUAUAGUAUGUCAGACUUGUUUACCAAACUUUUGAUAUAUAGAAAUCAGUUUCAGUUUUAGCAUUCAAUAGCUACAAAUGGAUUUUGUGAAUUUAUUUAAGUAUGCAGCUUCAUAUCAAGAAAUGUAAACUGAUAAAUUACAUUCAGUAACUGACAAUAUUGAUAUAUGUACUCAAAAUGGUAACUAUAAAAAAGUAAUUUGUAUAGUCAUUUUCACAUUGCAGUGGAUAUUGUUUUAGUGUCACGAUAUUAAUGAUUAAGAAGUAUACAAGUUUUUGCAAGAUUUUUCUUUUGUUGGAUGAAUGGAUUUUGUCAUUCAUGUGCAACUCUAAAGUUAAAAAGAAAAUACACAUUUGUAUUCUCUUAAAAGCAGUUCAUUUGGCCCUCUAAUGGUUAAAGCAAGCUGAUUAAUACUGUAUAGUUUGCUUGGUGUAAAAAUUAAAACUGGAAUUACCCCUGGGGGGUUUACAAGAAAGAGGCUCGGGGAUGUUGAUGUUUUAAUUACAAGAUUACACUUUAAUAGCAGUUUACUAAAGUGGUGUGUCUGUGUUGCUUAAGUUUGGCUUAUUGUUUAGUUCUAUUUUUUCAUCUUGAUAAUUAAUGUACAUACACUCAAGUGUGUAUAAUUGGAUAGAACUUAAUCUACCAAAGUGUGGCACAAAUUGUAAUGAGUAUUAUGGUGCAUAAUGGAAUUUUCCUUUAAAUCAUAGUGAUAGUUUGUUGUUUGUUUUCCACAAAAGACAAACUUGUCAUUUAGAAACUCAAUUGAAAAAUAUAGCAGAACAUGAUCAAGUAGAUAAAGGCUAUCAAACUUAUAGAAAUUUGCUACAUGUGAAAAAUAAAGUUUAAACAAAUGCUGUUCUUAUAUUUAAACAGAAAAGUACUUUAAAACCUCUAUCCACAGUGCUUCACUUAUGUAUAGCAGCAUGUUAUCUAAUGUGAAUAUUGUAAGUUGGUUUGAUGUUUAAAUUUACUAUGUAUAUUUUAUUUUUGGCUUUUAUUAAAAACUGAUGCAUGUAAGAAUUGCUAUUGUUUGAACUGUGUGUUGUAAAGAAUGUUGAACUUUCUCUGACAUGGGUGUUUGUCUAAAUGUUUUUAAUAAUAUUGCUUGUAAAUGCAGAUUUAGUAUUAGUUUCUGAUUAUGUUCAAAUUACUUUCGUUUUGUUACUCUUCUCCAAAUCAUUAUUUUUCUUUGUUAACUUGUAUAAAAAAAAAAAAAUACUUUUUUCUUGUUUAUAGUUAUGUAUAAAGUUGUAACAUGUACUGUACAGUAUAGACAAGAAUCUAUUUUUUUUUGUGAGUUAGAAUACUUUGUGUUCCUUAUGUACACCAACUAGAAUUAAAUGUAUAUUUUAUAAAAGUCAAAUACGUUUUAUCUGUAUUGUUAAUAUUUCAUCAUAUUUGUGAAAAAUAUUAUUGAUUUUUGUUAAAUUAAGUGAAAACUAAUUGAUUAAUUACUUGUUUAAAGAGAUUGCUUAUUGUUUUAGUUUUUGAGCAUAAUUUGGAACAUAACACUUAAUAGGUGUUCUAGUUAUUGCAGUGAUUAAGUGACUGUGUUUUCUCUUAUCCCCAAACCCAGAAUACUACAGAGGGAAGGAUAUAAAUAUUAAUUUUGAGCUGUUUUUAAUGUAUAUAUACCUCUGUAAUGAGAGUAGUAUGUACAAGAUUCAAAAUUAGUUCUCUAUUUUGGAAUUGUAUGGAAGACUUGUAUAAGCAAGAUUCUUUUACAUUUCUUCAUCAGUAGUGAAUUCUUUUCAUUGAAUGACAUCCCAUUCUUGAAAAGUGUGUAAUAGAACAGAAAUUUAUAUGUUGGAUUUGUUCAUCUGAGGAAUAAUUUCAUGCCCGAAAUGUUAGUCACUUUAUAAUCUUUUGCGUUCUUACCACCAGGAGUGGAGGUACUUUUGGGCCUUUAAAACCAUCUAGGACCUAGUAAGUAAAAGUUGCCCCAUAAGUUGUAAGAAGCUAGAAAAAUGAAAAAUGUCAAAUUCCCCUUCAAUUUGAUCACAUAAUAAUUGGAUGAAGUCCCAAUUUGAAACUUCUUGACAUUACAUUAAAGCUAUAUCAGUUUUUGAAAUAACUUGAUUGCUUCAUUUGACAAAUUUAUCAUAGGUCUGUUGCGAAUUACUUUGGUUUAUCAAGAUUCUUGUAGGCCUGUUUUGAAAGAACUUCUACCACCAAUAUUCAUAUUCUGUAAUUUACAUGUAACAGUUUUUUCUUUUUAAGGAAAACAGUUUCCGUUGAUUAGAUAUGGAGGUGAUGUUCAUACACGACACCUAUUUAAAAACAAAUAUCAAGACACACAGUAGUGUGUUGUGUGGCCAAAACAACCUGCAGAUCAUACUGCUGGUUAUUAAUAGGAGUGAUAGUUUAGCAGUUUUUCCACUUUAUGAAGCUUAGACUAUGGUAAUCCAAACUAUCCCAUAUUUUCAGUGGCAGUGCUCUAGUGGACCUUUAUUUCACAUACCAAAUUUCAAGGCAAUCCAGUAAGAAACACACAGAUAUGAAAUCUCCAAUGUUCAUUGAAUUUCUUCCUAUUUUUUUUCUUCCAAACGAUUACACUGAAAAGUUAUUUGAUAAACAAACAUACUUAACUUUGAUAGUUUUUUUCAAAUUUGGUACACUGAGAGAUGUUUAUAACCCAAAUUAUGUGUCAAAUUUGGUCUGAAUACAAGGCACAUGUCCAAAGUUAUUCAACAAAAACAGCUCAAUUUUGCUCCAAAUUUUGGUGCACGAGAGCUAUCAGCCUGAACUUUUUAGCACAAUUUCAUCUAAGAUUAAAGGUGGACCAUUUUUAGUUUCUUGUCGUUGGGAUGAAAA